AACUCGACUAACGUUCAUUGUUUUGGAGUAAAAAAAGCUUUCCGACCUCCGAAACCGCAGCAACAAAAAAAACAAGUUUUAAACUAUUUUUUGGUGUAACUAACGAAAUACUCUUAUUAAACUAAUCACCGAUAAAGAAAUGAAUAGUCGCCUACAGGAGAUACGGGAAAAGCAGAAGCUGCGACGCCAGCUUCUAGCUCAACAGUUGGGAGCAGAGAGUGCGGACAGUAUAGGCGCCGUUCUGAACAGCAAAGACGAACUGAAGGAGAUUGAGGAGACCAGAGAGACAUACAGGGCAUCGUUCGAUGCUGCUGGGCCGAGCUCCAAGAGGAAGCCUCAGGUGGAGGGAGAGGACACAGAGGAGGACGUUGAGGAGCAGAAGGAAGAGUUGGAGAUGCUACCACCAGAUGAGAGCAAUCCUUAUGAAGAGGUCUACAAGGACUCUACAACCUUCCUCAAGGGUACCCAGAGUCUGAACCCCCAUAAUGACUACUGUCAACACUUUGUGGACACCGGACACCGACCACAGAACUUCAUCAGAGACGUCGGUCUGGCAGACCGGUUUUGAAGUAUCCUAAACUCAGAGAG